AUGAAUACAUCGUUGCCAUUUGUGUCAAAUGAGACCAGCAGCUGGCUCCUUUACAUCCUCACCGACUCAGCUCUUCCGACUGGUGGAUUUGUAGCAUCUUCUGGACUAGAGGCCACAUACCAAGCUGGUCUUUUAACGGCAGAUAACCUUUCUGACUUUGUCACAACUUCUGCUCAUUCCUAUGCUUGGCAAACAAAUGGAUUUGUCAGAGCCGGCUGGGAAGCACCUGACGAUGCUAAUCCGAUCUCUCAACUAGAAGAAUCUGAUUCUAUCUGUGAUGCUGUGAUGGUGGCCAACACAGUUGCAAGACGCGCCUCACUUGCUCAAGGUGUGGCUAUGCUCACUCUGUACCUUAAAUGUUUCACUAAGAAUGCUACUCCGGAUGGUGUCAAGGUAGUCAAGAGCUGGAAAAACAAGAUUCGUGCUGGACAGACAGAUGGUCAUUUUUCGGUGUGCUUUGGGCUUAUCUGCCGCUAUCUUGAUGUUGAUUUAGAGAACACCUUGCACCUCUGGCUUUACCUCUUUACAAGAUCACUGUACUCUUCUGCUGUUCGACUGAACAUAAUUGGUCCAUAUGAAGCACAGAGAUUACUACUAGAUUCUCGUGGGUCUGUAGAAAAGAUUGUAAAGAAAACAAAAGAUGUAACAGUGGACAAUUGCUGUCAAACAAACCCACUACUUGAUGUAUGUCAGGGUAUGCAUGAUCGCUUGUAUUCCAGACUUUUCAAUAGUUAA